AUGCUCUCCUCCCAGAUCAUGAGCUGGCGAGAACUUGUCGAACAGCUAGAAGCGAUUUCAGCAACCCUUGUUCCUCUGCUCUUCCCAGAGGAUUCUCUCCCCUGCCUCACCGAAGAAAGUUGCGAGCUGAUAAUCUCAGACACCCAGACAGCUCCAAGGAUUUUCGGAUUUGGUAUUCGGUCAGGUUCAGGUUCCAUGCACCCCAAGGCAAAGCGGGCGCACCUUAAUUUCCAUUUGACCUACUUCGAGCGGCUAAGUGGCGCUAGAGCUGGAACUGAUCGUGGAGUUGUGAAUACAUUACCUUCCCAACUGAGUUCCCCCCCUUGCCCAAUGACAGCCACCGGAUUAGCCGUUCAAUCAACAGAGGUGUCAUGGCUAGGCUUCCACACGGGGCAUGAAGAGGUGCAAGUGGACUCAUCGCCAGAAUGCUACCCAAUCACUUUGAUCACACCUCCGCUGCGGGACGAUCAAGUAUUGAUCAUUCAAGGUGUGGAAGCCAUAGUCAAGAUCAAAGGUUAUGGACGCGAAGCACGGCUUGAUUCCGUUUUGACAGCGAACUAUGGCUCUUCACUAGGGCUUUCCCAACAGUCAAAAUGGCGGAAUCGGACAAUAAUAUUUAAGGAUGCUCUUCAACUCGACCAGUUUGAAAUCAACAGUGAGGAAAUCGCGGAUCUUCUCCCGGGGCAUGUAGAUUGUGAAUUGUUCGAGGCAUUCUUUUGGAGAUCAAUUCCUGAGAUCUAUGCGCUUGGUCUCCUGGAGCACUGA